GCGCCGGAAGUGCCGGCCUCGCUUCCGGCCGAGGCCACGCCCCCGGAAGCGGCGCCCCAGAUCCGAAAGCGCGCGCGGAGCCGAGUGGUGCGGAGCUGGGACGCGGGAGUCGGGCGCUGAGCCCCAGCCGGGGGCUCCCGGGGACCAUGGGCACCUCCAGGCUCUACACCUUGGUACUAGUGCUGCAGCCUGAGCGAGUUCUCCUGGGCAUGAAGAAGCGAGGCUUUGGGGCUGGCCGGUGGAAUGGCUUCGGGGGCAAAGUUCAAGAAGGAGAGACCAUCGAGGACGGGGCCAAAAGGGAGCUGCGAGAGGAGAGCGGUCUGACUGUGGACACACUUCACAAGGUGGGCCAGAUCAUGUUUGAGUUUGUGGGUGAGCCUGAGCUGAUGGACGUACACAUCUUCUGCACAGACAGCGUCCAGGGGACGCCUGUGGAAAGCGAUGAAAUGCGCCCUCAGUGGUUUCAGCUGGACCAAAUCCCCUUCACUGACAUGUGGCCGGAUGACAGCUACUGGUUUCCCCUUCUGCUCCAGAAGAAGAAAUUCCAUGGGUACUUCAGGUUUCAGGGUCCCAACACCAUCCUGGACUAUACGCUACGUGAGGUGGACAAACUAUAGAGGCAGUACGGUGCAGGGGACUGGCUGCAGAACCACCGCACUGUCACUUCACGCACUCACUGAGCCCCAAGGCGGGACUGCAGUUGGGGGGUGGAGUGGAGGUGGACAUGAAAAUAAAGAUCUUUUAUCUCUUCCA